AGAAGUCUGACGGCUGAUAAGUCCGAAGAGAAUAUUUGGUUAUGCAAAGCCUUUCGAAGAAAGCAUAGGAAAUUACAAGUCAUUUUAUUGGCUGCAUACUAAGCGAAGUGUAUGUUGUUUUCGUAGCUUCGAAGCCAUGGCCGUGCAUAUUAACCACAAUACACGGGUAAAAUAAUUAUGAAUACCACUUGAAAACAAUAGGGAGGUGAGUGGAGUCGUGUAAUAGAUUAGUUUAAUAUGUCAAUUUCAAACUUGUCCAGAUCGACGUUUAUUAAAUUCAUACAUCGAUAACAUCUUCGAGUUUGUAUAUUUAUUCUUCUUCAUCUUCUUUCCAUUACCCGAAAGAUAAUUCCGGGCUCAGCAUCUCUUCUAUGAAUUUUGCCAUUCUUCCAAUUCUACUUCCGUUUCGGAAAAAGAUGGCAUAUUUUGAACGUAAUAAUAACAAUAAUAAUAACAGAACAUCGAAAUGCGACGAGCAAAUCGAUCAUCAAGUUAAUAAUAAGGUGCUUCUAUCGCCGAAUCAAGCGGGACCAAGUUGUAUAGUUCGACACAACAACGUUCAUCCGUUGAACAUGUCGUCCGAUUCGAAUUCCAGACAUAACUCGGUAGAUUCGAGUUCUUCCAGCGAAGGUAAUAGCGAAUGUACUGGAAGUUAUAUUUCGACUUGCAGUUCUCCUAACAAAUCUCUUCCGAGUAGUCCCACUGGUCCUAAAUUCAAAUUGAUUCAUGAAGGUGAUAUUCAAAUCUGUCGUUUGAAUCACACUAGGACAAUUCUAAGUAAAAUUUUGAGUUCAAAAUACUUAAGAAGAUGGGAGAGGCAUCAUUUAUUCCUCACUGCUUCUGGUAUUUGUUCUAAAACACCAAGUGGAUUUAUAGAAGAGUCGAUAAGUUAUUCACAAAUCGAAGAUAUUUGUGUUAUUACAAGAUGGGAAAUAAAUCAUAAAUAUUGCAUACGGGUUAUUAUUUCUGACGGAUCUCUCCUUUUACAGGUUAGCAAUGCAUAUUCUAGGGACCAAUGGUUACAAUCUCUAAUAUGGAAGAAAACAAUCUUCAAAUCACAAAAAUUAUUAAAUUCUAAACGACCAGAAGUAUUAUUAAGAGAAUUGAAAAAUCUUGUUGAAUUAUCUUUAACAACUCCAUUGCAAGAUGAAUGUAUUUAUCAAACUCCUUUGGAAAUCAUUUCUAAAUGUUUACAGAAAGAUGAAAUGUGGAUGUCAAAAUAUUUGACAGAAGAAACUAUUACAGUAAUUUCACCAUUAUUAGAACGUGUAACUCCCACUUCAGAAAUAUGUGAUUUCUUAUGUAAAUAUUGUCAAGUAAAUCCUCGAUCCAGUAUAGUGUUAGAUUUAUUCACUCCUGUAGUACAGAGGAUUUUAAAACAUAACAUGGACUUUGGAAAGUAUCCAAAGACUCGAGUAUUUGUUCAAGAUUAUAUUCAAGCUUUAAGUUGCCAAAAUGAUGGUCAAAAAGUUAUUAUGGAUUUCCUCAAUAGCAUGCAUGGAUUGCCAAGUACAUGUCCACAUCCUCGUGUUUUACCAAAUCUAGUUUCAAUUUGUCUGGCUGCUAUUUAUUCCUUAUUUGAGGAGAAGAGAAACCUUCAAACAAUGAAUAAAAUUGAUCAUAGUUCAUCUGAAUGGAAUUCUAGACUUGACUGUUUUGUGGCUAUAUUUGUUACCAUAUCUACCUUUGAAGAUUGGAGAAAAAGUUUGUCUCAACUAAUACAGUCAAUUCCUUUUCCUGAUGACGCAUUGCAUCAUCAGCCAUUUACAAUGAAAUUUAAGCCAGUAAUUCAGAACAUUUGUUCAGAUAACCGCUGUGAUGUUCAUUCAAUGGUAUUAGGUAUCAGAGAUGAAAAAGAAGGUUGGAUAGAUAUCUAUGCUCCAGGUGGUAUUGCUUGUGAUGAUGAUGGUGAUUUAUGGAGUCUUAUGUUGAAAAUGCUGUUAUCUUGUUGUUGUCGAAAGAAAUGUUUUCUACAAUCAAUGAUAAAAUCAUUAGAAGCAUCAGUGGAACCAUUUUGCAGCUUUUUAUUACGGGCUUUGAGAGAUGACGAAACUUGUCAGCAAGCUCUAUGUGCCAUGUUAGAAUUAGAGGUAAUUGAAGAUAAGGACUUGCAGUUACAAAUUAUAAUAACACUUCAAAGUACAGCAAGUGGAAAAGAACAUUAUAGAGCUCUUUCUCAGCGUCAAAGGCAUCUGAAAGAAUUGCAGCAAAAAGGAGGUCCAAAAAAAUUAAGUUUUCUUCCAAAAUCAACUGAUGCAGAUGUAGCCAAAUUUCUAAGUUGUGGUUCUUUUGGAAAUCUUGAAUGUCUUUCAUUAGCAUUUACUCAAGUGACUAGUGCCUGUGCUGAACAAUUAAUUAAAUUACCUUCAUUAAGAUGUCUGAAUUUAUGGUCAACUCAGUUUGGUGAUUCAGGAUUACAAUUAAUAUCUGAACAUUUGCACCAACUUCAAGUUCUGAAUUUAUGUGAAACACCUGUUACAGAUAAAGGAUUAAUUUCAUUAUCAGCAAUGAAAGGUUUAAGAAAACUCAAUCUGAAUAGCACAGGUUUAUCAGCACACACAUUUGAAGGAUUGAAGCAAAAUCUGCCGUUGUUAGAGGAAUACGAUAUAUGUUACACAGAUGCCUGGUGAUGAAAUAAGAAAAUAUUCUGUUUUUAAUUAAGACUGCAAGUAUAUUCAUUAGCUGCUACAGUUUAAUUGACUGACAACAUUCCUUUUUUGUGUCAUCUCAUCUCAUUGACAAAAGUUUAACAUUUCUAUAAAUAUUUAUCAUAUUCAUCUUCAUUGACUUGCUGGACAAGUGACUGAAAAAAAAA